CUGAUCGCUAUCAUUCCCUCUCCAAUUGUAUCCCAUCAAGCGUUGCGAACACCAAGCGUGAAAGAUGAAUGGUUACAGUGUUUUGGUUCUUGUGUUAGCAGUGGGUGCUGUGUGUGCAGAACCACCGAGAUUCCGCCGAGUGCAGCGUUUCCGCAAUGGAAACGUUCAAUUCGCCCGGCAGGAAGUCGAGAGUACCACAAGUGCUGAAGAUGCCACAGAAAGUUCGGAUGCUGGGGGUCCCUACCCACCCGCUGCAGCCCCCUACCAGCCAUCGGGAUGGAAGCCAUCCGGACGCCUUCUGACCUUACCAACGGAGCGUCAGCAGCAACCACCAGCCACAUCGUAUGGUACACCAGACUCUUCAUACGGACCACCUCAGGAGGCAACCACCCCAGCUGAAGAAGAGGAUACACCCACCCCUAACCCCGAGGCUGAGAACUUGAGUGAAGUGGAGCAAGUUGGUGCUCGCGGUCAGCAGCCCAACAAUGGAUACUACUUCGUACAAUUUGCUGCGCCACCUCAGGCGGUGGCGUCGGCCAAUCUGCGGGUCCAGCCAGUUGCACUCACUGAACAAGUGUAUUUUACAAAUCCCAUAGUUGUUCCAUCUAGGUAUGUGGCCUACAAUUCCGCCUUUACCCAGACGUGGUAAAUUGCGAGAGCUUAUUUUAUUUUAACACACGCUCAGUGAAAUAUACCAAAAUGUUUAAAACACAACGAACAUUCUAAAUAUCUACUCUCUCAGUGAAUUUUAAUAAAUAUUAUGUAGGUACUGUU